AUGAGCUCCCCAAGCUCACGUCCCCAAACACCAGAUUAUGAGAACUUUCUUGGCACUGACUCCUCCUCCCCCUCCACCACACUCGUGAAUCCAGUGUCGAGCUUUCUUCAAGAUGCGAUCGAAGAACGACGAGCAAGUCGGAAUACCAAAACUCCCCAGCCCUCAGAAAUUGUUGAUAAUAGACCUACAACCUCGGGGUCGCAUUCCAAGUCACUUGUGGCUAGUCGCUCUGGGAAAGAGAAAGAGAAUGAGCGAUCCGAUCAUAAGAAACCGCAAGACAUGGGCCUGCUUGCAACGAAAGAGUACAUAUCUAAAAUAAGCAAAUUAAAUUUCGAUUUGCAAAUGCGGAUUGCCCUGCGCGAACAACAGCUCGCCACCUUAGAGAGAAAAGUGGAGCGCAUGCAUCAGAUAGAGCAGGAGUUGGAACGAAUGCAAGGCUUAGAGGAUGAGUUGCACCGAUUACAAGCGGUCGAGGAGCACAACCAACGAUUGCAAGAAGUCAAUGAUCAACUAAAGUCAGAAAUCGACGUAAGAGACCAAGCUGUCCGCGAGGCUGUGGACUUGAUUGAUGAGUUGGAGACAAAGAACGAGGAGUUACGAGCGGAGUUACGAGCUGGUCGUGGGAAAACAUCGCUACCCAGAAAUGGUUCCACCGAUGAUGUCUCUGAAGUGUGCACUCCAAAAGCUCAAACCUUUGUCGAUAUUCCGGACCGAACGUCUUCAAGAAAGGGAACCGUCCGUCGGCCACGCAAAUCCCCUUCUUUCUUGCUUGAAAAGAGCGGAAGCACCGCAGCUCUACGAAGCGUCUUUCUGGCCGAAGAAAACAAAUCGGUUCGGUCUGUCAGUGCCUCAACGAUAGCUACUACUGUUGACUCGAAGGCGGACCCACAAUCACCGAGACUGAGUACGCUCAGCGAGUGCAGUGACUUUUUUCCACAGCUCACAGCUACUGGAUUUGACCAAUUGGAUCGCUUGGAUGUACUUACUCUUGUCAACAACGACCACUCACCUGUGGUCGCUGCUCCUACAGAAAAUCUUUCACAGGGCCGCCUCUCUGACCGAAUCAGUGAAUGGAUGCAAUUCGACGAGCACAGUCCACGACGUAGAAAUAGCAACAGACCACGUGCUCUUUCUGAUGUAUCUAGAGUCUCACAGGUUCCUAUUACUCCUCUAGACGAGCCGUUUCAGCCGAUGCGCAAGACGAGACGUACUCAACGAGCGAGCCCACGUCAACAGCACUUGGCUGAUUUUGGAGGCAAUCUGCCACCAACCCCAGAUACGAUGAGCACCUUUCGCCCUACUUUCAAGAACGGAUCAAAUGCUAGUCUUCGCAUGGAUAGGUCAUUGAGUCGGCCACGUUCUGCUGGCGAACUCACUACCCGAAGUGCUAGCAUGAGCACACACUCUGAUGGUAUCGAUACUGCAGCAAGUGUGAUUUCGCAGUACAACGUGCAGAACAACUCUAUCGCUCAAAAUUCGACCUUCAAAUAUUACGGCAGAGGUUCGGCCAAAACCACCCGCGUGCGAGGGCCCGGAAGUCCAAUUGAUCCCCGAAUUAGCUACCACGGCGGGGAUCUGCUUUUUAACGAAGAAGUGAUUGAGAAUGCUGUCUCGGACAUGGAUAUGACGCGGGCUUUGUCUCUCAAGGCUACUACUCCUGAAGCCUCUGGUGAGUCGUUAUACGCUUCAGCGUUGACGCCACAGGAUUGGCUAGACGCAGCAAAGCCAGAACAGGAAAAGAGUAAGAUGCAAUAUUCUAGUCCAGAGCUGGAAACAGACGAGAUGUCGCUUGAGGACAACAAUCCCAUCGAAUUUACGACUGAGGUCAACACUCCGCGUAACUCACCGCUUCGGCUUCAUGCCUGGGCUAACGAAUCACAGCCUAUGCCGGAGGUGCAGCAACAUCGCAGGCGAUUAUCACGAUUCUUCACUCGAAACCGUCAGUCAAAGGAUGCACAGCCGGAAUCGGUCCCUACGCCAAAAACAGGGCCUUCGCCCAUUCCACAGAAAAUUGUGCUGGUUAAGCAUCGGCGAACAAGCUCAGGACCCGGACUUAAUUCCGACGAAGGUACCGCUGCUAUUGGUCGUGCUUCUGGCCGCGCACUGUCAAAGUCGCUUUUGGAUCAUCGUCCCUCGACAGCUUCGCGGCCAAUCACCUCUGACAGCGCUGAGCCGCGCAGCAAAGGAUCCGGUUUGUUGGGCUGGAUGAAGAGCUCCGCCUCACACAACAAGGAUAAUGAGCCAUCUCCCAGUGGCCACCUACGGUUCGCUCGUUCUACAACAGAACGGCCUCAAUCUACCGCCAGCCUUGAUGUUUCGAAUCUUGGUCUUGGUCUUGACGUAGCGGCGCCUGAUGAUGAACCUGCCUGGCGAGCCCGAAGACGGUCUAGAAGGAUGGCAUAG